AUGGCACUGUCUUCCUUCCAACGCAGCAUUUUGGACGGAAAUCCUUUGACGACCAUAGCGGGCGCCGUCCUUAGAGGGUUGCCAGCUCUCGCCUCACUACACCUACAGGAAAUGGAGCUCAGUGAAAACUUGCUGCUCAACCUCUCUCUCCACGGCUCUUCGUUCUUGACCUCGCCCGAACCCAGUGACCCCGACCUGACCUGGCCCAAUAUAACACACCUGUAUUUCAAAAGGUUUCGCUACUGCAGUUACCUCCCCUGGAUACCAGACUGCCGGCCGAAGACAGAUGGUGUAUCAUCUUUCGAAAAUCUCCUGAUAAGGAGGGAGCUCCGUGUGGCAGUAUGGCUUGUCGCAACUCUAACACUAAUUGGCAACCUCACCGUGUUGACUGGUCGCUUACUAACAAGAGAUGACAACAAGUUACUCUCGCUUUUCAUUCGCAACUUGGCUGUCUCCGACCUCCUGACGGGCGUGUACCUCGUCAUCGUGGGCGUGAAGGACCUGCAGUUCCGCUCUGUGUAUCACGAAAACGCCCACUCCUGGAUGACGUCGAGAGGGUGUGCCGUGACGGGCGUGCUGGCCAUGACGUCAUCGGAGGUAUCCGUCCUGGUGCUGGCCUUCAUGUCGGUGGAAAGGCUGGUAUGCAUCGGCCGCCCACUUCGCUCGCCCCGGACUCUCCCUGGCCUCCGCCCGCCUCAUCCUCUCAGCCCUGUGGGUGUGCGGGCUGGCGCUGGCGAUCCUACCGCAGCUCUACUACCAGGGAACUCCCCGUGGUUUCUACGGGACGAACGGCCUGUGCUUCCCGCUCCACCUGGACGACCCCUGGGUUCCCGGAUGGCCGUUCGCUGCCCUGGUGCUCGUCGGCAUCAACCAGAUCGGAUAUUUGACUGUCAGCAAGUGCCAAUACAGAAUAACAUACCAUACAUAAACUACAUGUUAUAUGAUCUGAAAUAUACCUCUAUUCUAUAA